AUGUGGCGAAGAGGGAGUUGGAGAGGAGGGAGAGGAGGCAGUCGCCCUCCUGGUCCGCGAAACGAACCGAAUGAGACCAGAGACAGCAACAAGCCAUCCUUUCACUUCCAGAGAGGGCAGUGCAACCGUGAAGACUAUUACGAAUGGAAGCAUCUCCUACGCAAGGGCACACACGAGUUCGACCACUCUGAUGCAUUCCAACAUGCGGAUAAGCUCUGGAAAGGUGCUCGGGAAAUUCUAGACCGCGACAGUCUGGAAAAACACCAAGAGCUGGCAAGAGAACUUGUCAAGGACGAUUUCAACGGCCCAGAAUGGAUCACAUACGUAUCCAAAAACUCAACCUUUGCCGACAACAAUCAACUCAUAUGCGUCAAGAAUCUUCUCAAAGUCAUCACUCACCCUUCUAUCAAGCCGCUCUCCAUCGAUCCCUACGUUUGCACCAUGUAUGUGCUGCUGGGAGGCACCAACGGCGAACAGGGAAAUGCUCUUUUGUCUCGCAUGUGCAACGAACUCUUGAAACACAUCAAAGCAUCUGGUAGAUCACCAGGCUCUACGAUCAAAAGUAUGGUUGAUGUUAUUAUCAAAGCAUUGCAUGAACUCCUUAGCAAGGUCCAACGAGCUCAGUUGUCGGAUGGAACUCCUGGGCUUCUCAAGUCAUUGGAUGAGCUUGUGAAUGCGGUUGCUGAGGGGGCAUCAAAGGCCGACCUGGAUGGACUCAGAACUCGCCUUGAAAUCACCAAGAGAGUCGUCUCUGGCUCUACUGGUCGUAUCGUUACAACGCAAGAUCCAUCAGAGGACAGCAAAAAGGCGUCAAAGUUUGUCGCCUCUUCAUUUCCCCAAGCAGUAGCAAUUCCAGGCGGUCGACAUGACAACGACUUUGCAGAUAUCUCCGACGUAUCGCUUCUCCCAACCCAAGGAGAGAUCACUAGCGUGCAAGCAGACUAUCUGCCUUUUACCAACUUCCUCCAUCCACACGUCCUCCAAGACCCUAUGCAACGAUAUAUCGACUCGAUAUUUAGGCUUGUCAGACACGAUACACUUGGUCCAGUGAACGAUGUUCUUCGAGAUGUUCUUGCCUCGGACAAUGUCAUGGCUACCCGGUUGACCGACAGAAAUAGUCAGGCACAGGUCUACCACUCGUCAAGUGUCUCUCGUAUCUUCAUACAUGAGAGGAGAGGCCUUGAAGCGAUCAUCUCAUUUUCUGCACCAGCCUACAUUUCCCGAAAGUCGCCCGCAGACCAACGAGACUGGUGGCAAAGAUCUCCUCGACUGGGAGAAGGCACGCUGCUAUGUUUUGUAACUUCUGACGCGGAGAACCAAGAUCAAAGGCUUCUUUUCCUACAUGUUACCUCCAAAAGAAUAGAAUCGGACUCCAACAAGUCGGACACACCGAAGAGUGCUCUGGUGUCCUAUCGCGAUGCGCCAAGUAUCACAGUGAAGCUAGCAACGCACCAGCAGAGCGACCUCAACUUUCUUGUUCGAACUUUCCGAGAGAACGUCGCGGGUGUGUUGGUCGAUUUCAACGGAAUUAUUCCUGAGACUUUCAUACCGAUCCUGAGGAACCUUCAAACCAUCAAGCGCGAGAACCACAUCGCCUUCCAGAAUUGGAUUCUCCCACCUCCCGAAGGAGUUCAUCACAUGCAACCGCCGUUAUAUGCUCGCAAAGCUGGGUUCGUGUUCCCGCUUCGCUCCAUCACAAAAGAUGGCAUUAGCAACAUUUACCUGGACCCUAACUCAAAGCUUGAACACACCAAUCUGAAGGAGAUCGAAGAUGCGACGGGACUUGAUCAUGGCCAAUGUCUUGGUCCACCUGGAACUGGAAAGUCCUAUCUCGGUGUACAGCUCGUCAGAACCUUGCUUUCUGUCAAGGAACGAGCAGACUUGGGACCAAUUCUCAUCAUAUGCUACACAAACCAUGCAUUGGAUCAGUUCCUUAAGCAUCUCCUCGAUGUCGGAAUCGACGCCAUUAUUCGCAUUGGUGGUCGUAGUGUCGCUGAAGAACUUGAUGGCAAAAACCUUCGGACUGUCAGUAGAGAAACUCCCAAGACACGAGUCGAGGCCCAGAUUCUAGGUGAGGCCUACAGCAAGCAAGAGUCCUCUUUGGAAUCUGCCAGUUAUGCAUUGGGGACGUUGGUUAAAGCCCGCAGGGGAGCGAGCUGGGAGGGAUUAGAACAACACCUACAGUUCAAGUAUCCUUUGAUUUACCGACAGCUGGGUCGAGUGGACGAUGAAGGUUUCGAGAUGCGUUGGCUUCUUGUGGAACAUUGGCUCGAAGAACUACAAGACAACCAGCUUGAUAUGUUGUACGAAGCUCUUGACGACUUCGAUAACAACCGCAAAGCCAUAUACCGAACACACGAUGCUGUCGAUGAGCGAACUCUUACUAGGGCUGAUGUCAUUGGAAUCACUACAACUUCUUUGGCCGGGCGUAUCGAGUUGUUGAGAAACUUGGAUUUCAAGGUUGUUCUGUGCGAGGAAGCGGGUGAGCUGAAAGAGUCAGACGUCAUCUCUUCCCUCAAGUCUGGCGUUGAACACUUCAUCCAAAUCGGCGACCACCGACAACUCCGACCACAAAUCAACAACUUCAAUCUGAGCCUCGAAUCAGCGUCAGGACGGUACUGGCAGCUGGAUCGUAGCCAAUUCGAGCGACGAGCUGUUGGUGAGCCUGGUCUUGCACCAGCACCAUUUGCCCAACUCAACAUCCAACGCAGAAUGAGACCCGAGAUAUCGCAGCUCAUCCGACGAGUCUACCCGAAUCUCGAAGAUCACAGAAGUGUCACUGAUCUUGAAGAUGUCGUCGGCAUGCGAAAGAACUUGUUCUGGCUUGACCACAAUCAUCCAGAGGACGCUGGGGGCGAUGGAACCCGUGUCAAGUCGCACAGCAACAUCUGGGAGACCGAAAUGGCGACUGCGCUCGUUCGCCAUCUUGUUCGACAAGGAGAGUACAAAACUGAAGACAUCGCGCUUCUCACUCCUUACACUGGACAGCUUCAGCAGCUCCGGGCAGCUCUAGGCAAGGAUUUCGAGAUUUGUCUGAGUGACCGUGACAUGACCCAGCUUGCACAAGAAGGAUUCGAAGAUGACUCCGCGUCAAAUGGUGGUGACAGAAAGAUGAUCGAGAAGAAGCAACUCAUCCAAACCAUUCGCCUUGCCACGGUCGACAACUUUCAAGGCGAGGAAGCCAAAGUCAUCAUCGUGUCCCUGGUUCGAAGCAACGCACAGCGUAAAGUGGGUUUCCUUCGAACGGAGAACCGAAUCAAUGUUCUUCUCAGCCGCGCCAAGAAUGGAAUGUACUUGAUUGGGAAUUCUGAGACGUAUCUCAACGUCCCGAUGUGGGCUGAUGUUCACAAGCAGCUCUAUCUGGCUGAUUGUGUUGGCAAUGAGAUUGAACUAUGUUGCCCUCGCCAUAAAGACACCACUCUCACAUGCUCUGAGCCAGCAGACUUUGCUUUGAAGAGCCCCGAGGGUGGCUGUAUUCUCCCCUGUUCCCGACGGCUCGAACCAUGCGGCCAUCAAUGCCAGGCACGUUGUCAUUCAGAUACGCUUCAUGAUGCAUUCUCUUGUCAACAACCUUGUCCUCGCAUUAGAAAGACAUGCGACCACGGAUGCCAGAAACUUUGCGGCGAAAGAUGUGGCCCUUGCAUGAUCAAGGUCUAUGAUAUUCAACUUCCGUGUGGCCACAUCAAGCAGACACUGAAGUGUUAUCAGACACUCGAUUUGGCAUCAAUUACUUGUGAUGCCCAAGUUGAGAAGACUGUAGCCCACUGCGGCCACUCUAUAUCUGUUCAGUGUUCUACUGACGUUGACUCCAAAGGCUUCCGCUGCCCCCAGCCUUGCUCUUACGUCCAUCCUUGUAGUCAUCAAUGCACUGGAACUUGCAGCAGAUGUCGCAAUGGAGACGGAGAAGUGGCUCAUCGGAGCUGCAGAAAGAUUUGUGAUCGACCUUACGGCUCUUGUAACCAUAGGUGUCCACGCAUCUGCCACGAUGGGAGUCCAUGCAGUUCAUGUCAAGCCCCUUGUGAGGUUCGAUGCCCACAUUCUGCCUGCCCUUCGCCUUGCAACAAGGCGUGCGCUCCAUGUAUCGAGAAAUGUACUUGGGCUUGUCCUCAUCAAGGAUCUUGUUCAAUGCCAUGCUCAGCGCCAUGCGACCGCCUCCCUUGCGAUGAACGAUGCACCAGAAUACUUCCCUGCGGUCAUCAAUGCCCAAGUUUCUGCGGAGAAGACUGCCCCACUGGUUAUUGUCAGGAGUGCGGCGACAAAGGUGAAGAGCGAGUUGAUGUGCUGGAGUUCCUAUCCUAUGCCGAGAUUGAUCUAGAUGAAAGCCCGGUCGUGGUACUCAGCUGCGGCCACUUCUUCACUGGCGAAACCCUUGAUGGCUCGGUAAGUCUAGAUGAGGUCUAUGCAAGAGACGGAGAGGGGAAGUUCAAUGUACCUUUCUGUCCAGUCUGCAAGCGACCGAUUCGACAGUUCGCAACCAAGAGAUACAAUCGACUCAUCAACCGAGCCGUCAUGAACCAGAUCUGCAAGCGAUUCAUGAUCACAGGACGUAGGCAACUUGAUCACCUCGAACAGCAACUUCAAAUUCUCGAAGAUAAGCUUGACUCCACUCGCAAGGCCUAUACACUCAAAGAUGGGGUUGGAGUACUACCCAAGAAAAGAUACGAGGGACUGGACAAACUCACGGCCGUGAGUAACGCUCUUGUGAAGACCAUGAAUGAAGAGCAUCAGCCUACCAAAGUCCUCUUUGAUGCGAUGGCAACUUCCCGCGCCAAGGCUACCGGUGAUUCGGUGUCUGUCAUUCGACAGAUGGAGGCCUUGAGACUCUCGCCACUAGCUUCUGACAGCCAAAUUAUUCUGGGAGCAGACCUGCUCGUGAUCAAGUCCCUGGAAAUAAAGCUCAAAGAUUUCAUUACUCUUCUCAGAAACUGGAAGGGUACGGCUGGUGGUGACUUGCUUCGAGGAUGGAUUAAAGAACAAGCUACUCCAUCAAUGCCCAAAUUACUACACUCCUGCGAGAAGCUUAUCGAACAAGCCAAAUAUGCCAAACUCCCUCGAAUCAUCGUUGCGGCAACUUUAGCAUUUGCUAGAGUUUCUCAGCUGCUCGCCUGGCGGUCACAGGCCGCUGACAAGCCUUCGGUUCAGAAGUCUGGGGAAAAGAACACAGAGGCUGUUGAGGACCGAAUGGGCACUGCCCGCAAACUCCUCCAUGAUGCGCUUGAGCAGUGUUCCCAGCUCGGGAAUAGCGAUGAUAUGAAGGAGCGAGUCCAGGCCAUGCUUCGACUUUUUGAACCUCGUUACGAAGAAGUGACACCUGAGGAACUGGCGUCGAUCAAGAGUGCCAUGGUGAGUGGCAGUGGUGGCAUAGCCACUCAUUCUGGACACUGGUAUCACUGUGUCAACGGGCAUCCUUUCGCGAUUGGAGAGUGCGGAAUGCCAAUGGAGGAAGCUCGAUGUUCAGAGUGCGGUGCACCAAUUGGAGGUCGUAACCACCAGGCGGUGGAUGGAGUAACUCGCGCUGAGGACAUGGAACGAUCUUGA